CCGUGGGGCGAAUGCAGCUGCUGCGGAGCGCGGAGUGAGCGUGCUCACGUGCGCUCGCGUAUGAGCGCUAGAGAGAAGGAGAGAGAUAGAGAGAGAGAGCGUGUGAGAGAGAGAGAGAGAGCAUGAGCAUGUGUGAGAGAGAGAGAGCGUGAGCAUGUGAGAGAGAGAGAGAAUGAGACAGAGCGAGAGAGAGAACAAGCACGCGCGUGAGAGCGGGAGAGAGAGGGAGACUGUACUCUGAAGCGUUCCAUCAUCCACUAAACUCCCGCAGCCUCGCUCGCUCUCCUCACCCUCCUCCUACGGAAGAGGGAGGAAGUCACGCCACAUCCAGAGCCAGAAGACACAGAGAAAAGAGGAGGAGGAGAAGAAGGAGAAGAAGGAGACAACCUGCAGAAAGCUCCCUCUUUCCCGCGGCACCGUCCCUCCUCCGAGCGCGCAAAUAUAAAAAUUAAAAAAAGAGGGACAGAGGAAGGAAGAGGUGCAAACAGGAAGGACCCCCUCUGCCCCCCCUGCUUUCAUCCUCUCUUUUUAUUUUUUUAUUAUUUUCUUUUUGGUUUUUUUGGCGUUCCGUUUCCGGAAAGGGAGGGGGGAGGGAACGCUCACUGAAACCCGGAGCCAGGAACCAGGAGCCAUCUCCCACGGCAACGGCAGAACCCCAGCGGAGCGAGGAUGCUAAACAGUCUGACUGACACCGAGGAGGGUGACGGGGGACCCAACAGCCAGGGUGAUGGCAACCCCAAGGAGAGCAGCCCUUUCAUUAACAGUAGUGAUCUGGAGAAGAGUCAACAGUACGAUGGGAAGAACAUGGCCCUGUUUGAGGAGGAGAUGGACACCAGCCCUAUGGUGUCAUCGUUGCUCAGCAGCCUGGCCAACUACUCCAACCUCCCACAAGGGAGCAAGGAGCACGAGGAGGCCGAGAACAACGAGGAGGCUCGCAAGAAGCCCGUCAAGGCUCCGCGGAUGGGCACACUGAUGGGAGUGUACCUCCCUUGCCUGCAGAACAUCUUCGGGGUGAUCCUCUUCUUGCGGAUGACCUGGGUGGUGGGCGUCGGUGGAGUGAUGGGGUCCUUCAUCAUCGUCUUCAUAUGCUGCUCCACCACUAUGCUGACCGCCAUUUCCAUGAGUGCGAUCGCCACCAAUGGAGUUGUGCCCGCUGGGGGCUCCUACUACAUGAUCUCGCGCUCCCUGGGGCCUGAGUUUGGGGGCGCAGUCGGCAUCUGCUUCUACCUGGGGACCACCUUCGCCGGGGCCAUGUACAUCUUGGGGUGUAUCGAGAUCCUCCUGAUCUACAUCGUGCCGCAGGCGGCCGUCUUUAAGCUGGAGGGCCUGGAGGGGCCCGAGGCGGAGGCCGCGCUGCUGAACAACAUGCGGGUGUACGGCACCUGCGUGCUGUCCUUCAUGGCCCUGGUGGUCUUCGUCGGGGUCAAGUACGUCAACAAGCUGGCGCUGCUCUUCCUCGCCUGCGUGGUGGUCUCCAUCGUGGCCGUCUACGCCGGGGUCAUCAAGACCGCCAUCGACCCCCCCGACUUCCCAAUCUGUAUCCUUGGAAACCGCACCUUGGUCUGGAAGGGCUUUGACGUGUGCGCCAAGGUGGUGGAGCGGGACAACGGCUCCGUCACCACCAAGCUGUGGAGGAUUUUCUGCGACUCGGAGUUCCUCAAUGCCACCUGCGACGAGUACUUUGCCAACAACAACGUGUCAUCGAUCCAGGGAAUCCCCGGCGUCGCCAGCGGCAUCAUGGCUGAAAACUUUUUUGGCAAUUACAUGGAUAAGGGGGUCAUUUUGGAGAAGCAGGGGGUUCCGUCUGUGGGCGACCCGGAUGCCCCCGUGACCAACAGCAACCGCUACGUCCUCGCUGACAUCACCAGCUUCUUCACCCUGCUGGUGGGAAUUUACUUCCCCUCGGUGACAGGGAUCAUGGCUGGCUCUAACCGAUCUGGAGAUCUGCGGGAUGCACAGAAGUCCAUCCCCAUCGGCACCAUCAUGGCCAUCACCACCACCUCCCUGGUCUACAUGUCCAGUGUGUUCCUGUUUGGGGCUUGUAUCGAGGGUGUGGUGCUGAGGGACAAGUUUGGAGAGGCGGUCAAUGGGAACCUGGUGAUUGGCACAUUGGCGUGGCCUUCUCCAUGGGUGAUCGUGAUUGGCUCCUUCUUCUCCACCUGUGGGGCGGGGCUGCAGAGUUUGACGGGGGCACCACGUCUGCUGCAGGCCAUCUCCCGUGAUGGCAUUGUGCCCUUCCUCAGGGUGUUUGGCCAUGGUAAGGCCAAUGGGGAGCCAACCUGGGCCCUGCUGCUCACUGCAUGCAUCUGUGAGAUUGGGAUCCUCAUAGCUUCCCUAGAUGCAGUCGCCCCCAUCCUCUCCAUGUUCUUUCUGAUGUGCUACAUGUUUGUCAACUUGGCCUGCGCCCUGCAGACUCUGCUCCGCACCCCCAACUGGAGGCCCCGAUUCAAAUUCUACCAUUGGACCCUGUCCUUCCUGGGAAUGAGCUUGUGCCUCUCCCUCAUGUUCAUCUGCUCCUGGUACUACGCCAUUGUCGCCAUGGUGAUAGCCAGCUGCAUCUACAAGUACAUCGAGUUCCGCGGGGCGGAGAAGGAGUGGGGAGACGGAAUCCGGGGUCUGUCCCUCAGCGCCGCGCGAUUCGCCCUCAUGAGGCUCGAGGAGGGACCGCCUCACACCAAGAACUGGAGGCCGCAGCUGCUGGUGUUGGUCAGUGUAGACGCGGAGCAAAACGUGGAGCAGCCCCGCCUCCUGUCCCUGACCAAUCAGCUGAAGGCAGGGAAGGGCCUGACCAUCGUGGGAGCGGCACUGGAGGGAACCCUUCUGGAAAAUUACCCCCAGUCCCAACGCGCAGAGCAGUCCGUGCGGAAGGCCAUGGAGACGGAGAAGGUGAAGGGCUUCAGCCAGGUGGUGAUCUCCUCCAACCUGCGGGACGCCACCUCCCACCUGAUCCAGGCCGGGGGGCUGGGCGGCCUCCAGCACAACACCGUGCUGGUCAGCUGGCCCCGUGACUGGAAGCAGCCCGAGGGCCACCACGCCUGGAGGAACUUCAUUGAGCUGGUGAGAGAGACCACGUCUGCACACCUGGCCCUCCUGGUGCCCAAGAACAUCGCAGCCUACCCGUCCAACGGCGAGCGCUUCUCCGAGGGACACAUCGACGUCUGGUGGAUCGUCCACGACGGGGGAAUGCUCAUGCUGCUGCCCUUCCUUCUACGUCAACACAAGGUGUGGAGGAAAUGCAAGAUGCGCAUCUUCACCGUGGCCCAGAUGGAUGACAACAGCAUCCAGAUGAAGAAGGACCUGACCACUUUCCUGUACCAUCUGCGCAUCGAUGCCGCGGUGGAGGUGGUGGAGAUGCAUGACAGCGAUAUCUCUGCCUACACUUACGAGAAGACCCUAGUGAUGGAGCAACGAUCACAGAUCCUCAAACAGAUUAAUCUGACGAAGAACGAGCGUGAGCGAGAGAUCCAGAGCAUCACUGAUGUCUCCCGCGGUUCCAUUCGCCGCAAGAAUCAGGGCGCCUCUGGCGCUCAGCUGAGCGUGCCCGAGGAGCAGCCGGGGGUCAGCGAGGAGGAGAAGCCCGAGGAGGAGCCUGUGAAUGUCUCCCACCCCCAACAGGUGCAGCUGAUCCUCGAGAAGAACGCCACCCCCACCCCCACCAGCCCCCAGUCCCCCGUCGAGGGGGCACAGACCCCAGGGGGCAAAGUGCAGAUGACCUGGACCGAAAAGUUUGAGGGGGACAAGGGCAAGGGCAAGCCUCCUGGCGCCUCCACACCGGAGGGCAUCAAGGAUAUCUUCAACAUGAAGCCGGAAUGGGAGAACCUCAACCAGUCAAAUGUGAGGCGCAUGCACACUGCGCUAAGGCUGAAUGGAGUCAUUUUGAAGAAGUCCCAGGAUGCCAGGCUGGUUCUCCUCAACAUGCCCGGACCACCCAAGAACAGGACAGGUGACGAGAACUAUAUGGAGUUCCUGGAGGUUCUGACAGAUGGUCUAAACCGUGUCCUCCUCGUGCGUGGCGGGGGUCGUGAGGUCAUCACCAUCUACUCCUGAGGACCCCACCCAUUUCUCCCCAUUUCAACUCCUCCCUCCUCGCUCCCACCUCUUCACGGACUGACCCCUCCCAUCACCUUUACCCAGAAUGCACCCCUCCCUCACAUCCAAGCAAUAGCCCCAUCACAGCGCCCUCUUCUCAAACUGCUUUAUUCUACAUCCUCCCAGGAGACACCCCAUCACCCCAGAUGUGCAAACCAGCAUCAUUUUCACCUGUUUUUAAUGUUCAUUUUUUCCCGAAAUGCCCAGAUGUGUCUCUUUGUACACUGGCAAAAGUACCAGUCAGCUCCGGUGUUGGACCCGUCUCAAAAGUGAGUGGCAUAUACCUGGUUGAAAUGAUGAGGGCUUGGCUUGCCUGUUUGCCUGCUUGCUGGUUAUGCAUCCUGGCUGAGGACAUACCAGCGGGGAUUAGCAGGCGUUCCAGCAGUCAGGAUUCUGUCCUAAGCAAACACCUCCACCGUUCCACACAAAUUCUGGACUCCUCCCACUGUCUGUGCUGUCCACACUCAUUUGUUCACGUGGUAGCUCUGGUGAAGGUGGGGCCAGUGUAGAAGGAGGUGGGUGGUCCUUGCUUUUUCUUCAUAUGAAAGGGGGGAAAGUUUUUGUCAGGGCUGUAGUCGUACAAGAUGUGGGGGACACACAGACUUGGGAGUGCUUGGUGAAAAUGAAAAUACUGAGUGCGGUCGCAGUCAUAAAUGGUGGGGUUGCGUCGGACUACCAGCUGAGGAGAGACAUUCUGCGUGCUGACGACAGAGACUGUACCACUCCCACAAUCGCCAUCUCCUCCCUCAGCCGGUGUUAAUGAGCAGGACAAAGAGGGUUACUGCCAUGCCAUGGAGAGUGACAUCACUGGGACAGAGGAUGCUGUGGGAGGGCUUGUGCCCCGCUGUCCCUGGCGUGCAUAUGUCAGGAUCUGUUACGGUUAUCUGCAUCUGCACGGUUCAGAGGAGGGCUCUGUGGACUUGUGUUGGCCCUGUGUUUUAAUGCAAGCGUAGUGCUUUAGUUCGGAGUUACAAACUCAUGCCAGUUUUGCCAACAGGUUGCUUCAAAUGUUUGUUCUUCUGUCAUUUUAUUUUGUUACCCCACCCCUUCCGUACGCACACACAUACACACUCACAUAUGCACAUACACGCUGUAUUAAGGGACUGUGUGACCCUUGCGUUGACAGUUGUGAGAAGUGCCAAAAAUGAACGAGGCUGACAGGCACAUUGUUUCACUGUGAGAAGCCUUUCCCCGAGGCCCUCUGGCAGCAAGAAUGGAGAGUGAGAGAGAAACUAUUGUGACAUCACUGUUGUGAGACACGCUAUUGUGACAUCACUGUUGUGAGACACACCUUCCCCGAACCGGUGGGGAUCACUGUAAAUAGUGUACAAACUCAGAUGCCUCAUUAAAUAUCAGAGUAGUACUUUUUUUGUGACUAACAGCUUCUAGUAAAGAGAUGUUCCUCGUCAUCGCACAGGUUCAUCUAAACGCUGCAAGAUUGCUUUCCUUUCUCUUUCUAUUGUAAUUCUAACAAGAUCCAUGACAAAUUCUUGAAUGGUCAUGCACUGUGUAACGAGUGAUUUAUAAUGAUACGCUUUACAAAUUGAAUCACCGAACAUGAAUUAUGUCAGGAACCCAUCUGUGAUUCAACACCCCCCCCCCCCCCCCAAAAAAAAGAAUAGCGAAUAAAGACACUGUUGCCAAAACUUUAAUUUAACUAUCAAACUGCAUUAUCUACAGUUCUGCAGAAAGAGAGCAGAUAACAGAAUUAGGAUGAUUCCUCAUUUUUAUCGAAAGAAACAACAUCCUGGUAUUCUUCUGUCGAAUUUGCCAAAUUAACACAUGACUAUUGUGCCAUAUUAAAAGAAAGUAUAUUUUUGAUAGGAAACAAAAUGUAGAUUUUUAGGUGAUAAUGUAGAAUCGGUUUCUGUGGGGAAUACUGAUUCUACAUUAUCAGCAAAGCCAAAUUCUUGUAUCGGCAACAAAUCUGGAAUGAUGACACGUUGUGUGGUAACAGGUGCAAUAAGAUGUUCUUUAUCAGUAUAACAUGGUCUACUGUUAAAUCUCAAUCCUCUGUAAUAUAAGAAUAUAUUUUCUUUUUGAAAAUGGCACAGACAAUUCUAUGACUGAUUUAUUUUGAUUACCAUUUUUAAUUUAUAGUAUAUUGUGAAGACGUGCAUUUGUGAAAGGGUUGUGCAAUUCCUUAAAUUUGGACAUUACAUACAUUGUGUUAUUUAUUUUUAUAUCCAGAUAUUUUAUAUAAAUAAAUUUCAUAAAUGUAAUGAAUAUAACUUCUGUUAUCUAGCCAAUGAAAAUUAGCCUAUAAUAUCUGUAGUCUCAUAGGAACUGUUUUUUGUCACUUGUGGUAGAACGAGACAAUAGUAUAAAUUACAACUAAUUAUUAUUUUAAUUAACAUUAGAGAAGAGAACAAAUGCAUUUGUUUAUAGGUAAUGAUAUUUUGUUUUGUUGUGCAAAUCUGUAAGAGAUGUUGCUUAAAAGAAACUAAAAUUAAAAUAUUUUGAGUUGUGAAUAUUGCUAGUAUAUACAGGUAAUUUGUACUAUAUUUAAAAAAAAUGCUUUGAAAAAGAUUUUCAUUAGAAAAGGGUAUAUUCUCAAGAAAUACAUAUCAGAGAAGAGCAGGUUUAGUAACAGUAAUAUGACGCCUGCGGUCAUUUGGGAUAGUUCUUGAAGCCUGAACAAAGAAACACGUUCAAGUUAUCCUGCCCAGUAUUUAACUACAGGCAAGUGAAGGUUAAAAUUUAAUGCGAAACUAAACUAAAGGAUGGGAUAAGAUGGGAUGGGAACUUCAUAUUUUCAUUGAUAAGAGAUUAUUAAAGGUGUCAAAUUAACAGCGCAUUUGAAGUGUCCUGCAAUGCUGGUGUCAAAUUAACAGCGCAUCUGAGGUGUCCUGCAAUGCUGCUCUUUGAAAAAAUGCAGCUCGGUUUUGUAGCACUAGUCACAGAUGUGCUUGUAGCGGUUUAAGAACGUCUGCCAAAUAUUACUUUUCUGUCAUUGCCGUUCGGCCUAUUACGCUUUGAGUCUCAAAGGUAUUCUGAGAACCUUUGUUUGGUUUUAACAAUUUCAGCCAUCAGGCACAGAAGAGGCUGAUUAGCAUGAUCUGGACAUCGAAAAUCAUUCCGUUAAUUUUCAUUGUCAGUGGAGUUAAUGCUCCAUACAAACGCUUUACUUAUUUCCUUUCUCUUACACUUUCAUUUGUUAUUUGCUUCAUUGAAACCCUUUUCUAUGGUGACUUGCACAGCUUACAGUUUACAUAUUAUACAGUUGUAUAACUGGAUAUAUACUGAAAUUCAGGAUAGGUCCCUUGCACUACAUUGCCCCAUGUGGGAUUCAAAUCUGGAACCCCCUUGGGUAUAAGUUGGUUAUGUUUCCUAAUCUUGAUGUUUGACACAUUGGCUACAUAUACAUCCACACCAAAUCCAGAUUUUUGAGAGUGCUCAGUUUAAGGAAAGAGUUUAAAUGUUUACAUGAUUUCUCCAAUACCUAGGUUUACAUGGAUUCUUUUAAUAAUCGGACAGCGGAACUGAAGUAGUAACCCACUCUAAAAAUUUGAUAGAGCAUGAAGAAACUCUCAGCCCAAAGACGAUUAGUUUUAUUGAUAACAGCACCACUGCUGCUCGUACCGCUCUGUGUUGCUGUUCGCCAUGUUUGAAUUGUACAAACAACAUCGGGUUCACUGCGUCUGGUGGCCUUUCACGUUCACUGUUGUAGAAAGCUGAAAGAAAUCCAAGACACUUACAUGCACCAAUAAAUCUAAAGAUUUAGAAACAAUCCAGGUGUCCUAAUCGAGUUAUGUUUGCUAGAGUUUUGACCUUACCCUGAUUAAGAUGAUCAGAUAGAGGCUUUCGUGUGACAACUUCCAUAAUCAGAGUAUUGCCUAAAAUGGGUUAAGAUCAAAUUAUUAGUGUGCAAGUAAAUGUAGCCAUUGUCACCCUGUGGAGUGCCAACUCAUGGCACUGAAAAAGAACACCCAAAUGCUGAUGAUUUCUGUAUCUUGUAUUUGCUUUCUCUAGUCAAAAUGUCUAUCAGGCAUGAAGCAAAAUGCAGCAGAGAGAAUGCACCAUGAGAGAGGUACUGAUCUGGCUGAAUGAUUUCCAGUCUGACCGAUUAAUGUACUCUCACCUGUGUGUGAAAAUAAGAUGAGCGAGUUUUAAACAAAAACUACCAGUGUCUGAAAUGGCUGAGCUGCUUAUGGUUAUGGCUGGGCUCACUUUGUUGGUGAGCGAAGUUUUAACAGUGAGUUAUACUGUGUUUUAUAAUGACCCGUGUCUGCAUGGUAUUUGUGGCAGUGGUUCUUUCAAUUGUGUCUUCGGUGUGGUGCUACGUUUACGAAGUAGCGACUUGGUAGAAAGGGAAUGGUCAGGUGUCUGUUACAUUUUUAUGAAGAUGCAAUAGAUAACAGUAGAUAGUUGACAGAGGAUUCCGGAAAGGUUGCCCCAUGUUUGGAUACAAGAAAUGGCACCGGUUGCUAACUAACUAUAUCAUCAGCUUGUAUCAUAACUGUAUCAUAACUGUAUCAACUGUAGUCAAUUUAUGUUCAUUACUGUGACAGUGAAGGUUCCAAAUGAGUGGGCUAUAAUAUAUGACCACAGUCAACAAGCAUAUGUUAUACAGCAGUUGAAUAUCAUAGCCUCUCACCUUUCUCUUUACUGUUUGUUGUAGACUCUUUUUUUACUGUAGAAGUAACACUUAGAAAAUCAUAAUGUUUUUGUCUCUUUUUUUUUGUAAAAGUGCAAUAUUCUUUUUAUUUGCUUGGGGGGGAAAUCCGUUCCUUUUUUCCACUGAAUGAGAUAUAUUUGGUUUUGUGGAAAGAUUAACACUUGUAAAAGUAAACACAUCUCGGAAUGUUUGUGCACAGGUCUUAAAGGUGGUAAAGAUUUUAUCUGAAGAGGAAUCAUAUCUCUUUGUGUUGAUAGCUGAGACAUACAGAAAAGCACUUUAUACAGGACUCUAAUAGCAUUCGUACAUAAAGAAAAUAACACAUUAUAAACUGUUUGCAUUAAAAAAAAAUAUGUCUGACUUGCAUUUACAAAAUGCAAACAGCUAUGUCUUAUUUGGUUAGUGGGCUCCCCCAGUGGAGCAAGUGUGUAUUGCAGCCACAUGGCGCUUUGUACACAAACAGCAACAUUCUGGCCAGCUCAGAUUUUGAGCCGUGUGUGGACAGAUCAAAUCUGUGCAUUACUGUAUGAUUUUAUAUAGUGAUUCUGUACUAACUGUAAAUGUUAUUAAUGAUAACCCUGCGAUCCAAUAUUUUGGGCAUGUAACGACAACAGUUUUUUUGUAUAUUCUGGCGCACAUUAAAAGUAUUGGUACUUGUUACUGAGCUCUAGUAUCUCCCAGUUAGUUGUGUAGCGUUAGCUGUAAGAUGACGCCCCUCACCCCACCCCCUCUUAAGUCCUGAUUCUCUAGCACUGUGCUUACAUGUGAUUGCAGUAUAAUGCUGAGUAAUGAUCAAAGACUAUAUAAACAAGCGCUUCCAGUUCUGACCUGCGCUCAGCUGGCUCUGCACAAUGGGCAGGGAACCCCCAAACACAGUCCCACCUCUCCCCCUCUAACACGCUCACUGGCGCCCCCAGCUGGCUUUAUCAGACACUCCCCACCUGAAUCAAAGAGCUGUCGCAGCGAAGCCCCCAUGAUUCUCCUCUGCACCCUUUCAUGUUAUUUUGUUCACCAUUAUCCUUUUAUCCACCUGCAAUGGGGAAUAAAAACAACAGAGUAAUCCCCAUUCUUAAAAUGGAUGAAAAAAGGGCUCAGAAAUAUAUCUGUUUAGUUUGCAAGGUUUCUGUCCCCUGCAAGGUCACUAGGAUUACAUGGCAUGUCCAAACUCUCCACGGUUCCCUGUGCUCUGUGCUAAGACGAGGAGAGGUCGUUGGUGCAGUUCUGGCUGAGCACUGGUCUGAUUUGUUGUGUAAUUCAAUGCAUGCACAUGUUCCUGGGAAAAGUAGAAGUAGUUUGUUCUAUUAUGGUGUCUCUUGGCAUCCAGUGUUAGUCAUUCAAGCUGUAUUUAUUUUGUGUUAUUUUUUGUUUUGAGAUUUAUUUAUUUAUUUUUUUGAAUGAGCAGCAAUGAGUGGUCUAAAUGUUUUCCAGUUUUUUUAUUUAUUUAUUGAAUUGGUCAAUCGGUGAGAACUUAGUAUCAAUAAACGUAUCAAUUACAGGCAUAUCCUUUUAUUAUCUUUAUUGUUACAAAAAUUAUUACAAUUAACGGUGUUUCAUCAUUUGUGUUAUUAUGCAAUGAGUUGCAUUUGACAUAUAAAAUAGAUGCAUAAAAAUGAUUACCAAAGUAUUUUACUGAAUUUCAAAACUAUCUUGUCCGUGUUGAAAUUAUUUUAUUGGAUUCAAAAAAAAUGCCUAUGCGGUUUUCAGGGAAAAAACAAGAGUUUGUGAUUAUCCAUUACUCAAAAGAAACUCGAGAAAAUACGAUUUUACAGAAAGAGGCUGCACAGCCAUUUUUGUUGUCUAAGCUCCACACAUCAUUGCCUACAUAAUCGACAAAUUGGCAGCUAUCUGUCCAAGCUCUAUCUGAGAAUGACCGCACAGUUUCUCUUGGUUUGGGAAACUAAACAAAUCAACAUCACUAUAUAUCAUUUUGUAAAAUGAGUUGAGAAGUUGAAAAAAGAAAUGGCUUCUCUAGCCCAGUGUAUUUGUGUUUAAUAGCCUACAAAACCACCAGACACGGUAAGAAAAAUCACACAAACGAAUUAACUGAUGAGUGCCUGGCUUGUUUCGGCUGUUGUGUGGAUAAGAAAACUGAGCAAACUGGCUAUCGUGGGCAUUGGACAGAACUGCUUUACCAACAGUCUAGAUAACUAAAAGUUAUACGUAUGACAACGAUUGCAUUGCAUUUAAGACAGCACCUGUAAUCCAUUUCACAUUUUAAACUCCCUAAAAAAAGAUUAAGAGAUAAUCCUGAAAGAAAGAAAUGUCUUGGCUUUUCUUUAAUUUGAAUAUUUUAAAUGUAUGUAUUUGACAUUAUUUAUGUGACGCCGGUUCUAAAGGCCGACGUAGACCGGCCCGGUGAGCGGUAUUGCUACUCCAGUAUGAAUCCAAGUGCUGCUUUCACGGCGGGGCUGUUCAGGCCACAGCAGAGCCGAAGCUCGGCUGUCUCCGAUGUCCCUCAGUUCACCAUCCGCUCCCGCGUGCCCGUUCCGCACCCGGACUCUGCCACGCCCGCUUCCCACUUCCCACUUCCCACUUCCCACGCACCCGGACCUCAGUGUUUACAUGUGGGCGUGAGCUGCUGUUGAACUAAACGUUUCACUUAUGUGUUCAUUUGACUUACAUCACAUAAUUGAGUAGGGAGUUUAGAGAGUUCACAAUUAGCCAAUUAAACUGCAGGAUUUCUCAUGAAUCCCUUGACCCCCUGGUGUCCUCUGCAAAAUUUUUUCUUUUUUUUUCUUUGGGGGGGGGGGGGGGGGGUUAGGCUGAACAUGUAGAUGUGAAACAACAGUGUUAGUGGACAUUUCGACCAGCUGCCACUACAACUGGGAAUCAUGUUACAAACAACGAAUCUUUCAAACCAGCUCUACAUCUCCCCGUGCAGUGGCCUCCACCGAUGUUCUUGAUUAUUAAAAAAGACAGGAGGCUAAUGGUAGUUCUAGGACAUCCUGUACAUACAUCGACAGGCCUAUCCAAAGAAUCCUCCCUUAAAAAAAAAAAACAGGGCAUCCAUCAAAAAGAGCAAGCAAUACUCAAUCUGCCCAA